AAACCCGUCGUCGGUGUCGGGGGAAAAGUGAAAGUUCAUCCAGACACACGCCGAUCGCCCGGACAGCACAUCCGCCCUGGCAGCUGUAACCCAACUCCAUCUGUCCAGUCACGUCCCCGCUCCCGACUCACCCGCCUUUCUCCAGUGUCCCUGCGACCCGGGCUUGAGGGCCACUCUGCUCCGAGCCACCCUGCGAGCCAGGACGGCCCGCUAGCUGCUUCCCACCCAGACCUUUGCAACACCAUGGAGGCUCUGUGCAUGCAACACCUGGAGGAAGAUCAUGACAAAGAGGAGUUCAGGAUGGAGGCCUGGGGCUCCACUGCUGAAGAGGAUGAAGAAACUGUCGUGCCUGCAAUCCGGAGGAAGGUGUCAUUCGCGGAUGCUUUCGGCCUCGAUCUGGUGUCCAUUAAGGAGUUUGUGGAUGCCACGGAGGUCAGCGAGGAAAGAGAGGCCAGCCCUUCGGAGGAGUUUUACCUGUCUUGUCUCUUCACCGCACCUUCAUCUUCAGAGGAGCUGGAGCGGAGCCUGGAAGCACAGAUGGUGGAGCUGGAGAGCAUCGAGCUCCUACCGGGUACCACCACCCUCCGAGGCACCGUGCGGGUGCUCAACCUCUGCUACAGCAAGUCCGUGUACGCAAGGAUCACCCUGGACCGCUGGAGGAGCUACUUUGACCUGAUGGCCGACUACGUGCCUGGAUCCAGUGAUAGGAAAACGGAUCGGUUUACCUUCCAGUACACAGUGGUUCCUCCCCUGGAGAAAGACGGCACCAGGGUGGAGUUUUGUCUGCGUUAUGAGACAUCAGUGGGCACAUUUUGGGCCAAUAACAAAGAGAUGAACUAUGUCAUGUUCUGCCACCAGAAGAAUCCUGUGAAGCAACAAGUGCAGAGGAGCUGUCUCAAAGCUAACAGGAGGGGAAGUGCUCAAGAAAAACAGAUCAACAACAUGGCCAUACUUACCACAGAAGCCGAGGCCCCACGUGAAGAGGAGAGUGCAGAGAGUCCGUUCUUCUUCCACCCUGCGGAGCACAAACCUCUGGUGGAGAGCAUAAAAACUCGACCAAGAGCUGCGCGUCUGGCGCACGUCAAAGACAUAUUCUCCCAUCGGUGGGGGCAGCAUGAUGCCCGGGCGCAUGUGGGGAACUCUGACGGCAUCAGGACAAGGAAACAAUCGAACACGAUACCCCAUGUGCUUACCUACCACCAAAUACCUCUGAUUACACUGGACUGGGACAAUGACGAUAAUCUAAUGGAUGAUAUCUGGACGGGAAGAGCCAAAGUGACCUUGUCGAAAGAGCAAAAUGUAAAAGCUGUAGCGUCUGUUAAUGAUAUUUGGGGGUCCUUUCUUAAUGGGAAAGGUCACGCUGCUGAUAAUGAGACCUCUGCGUGUGAGGUCUGGCAGACCUUUAUUAACGGGCCUCGUUGCGAGGACGACCCGAGUGUCCCCGAGUCAGAAUGGCUGCAGACGGCCGCGCUGGUUUCUCUUGCGCCUGAAAAAAAAGAGCAUGUCCGGAAUGCCACCCUGGACGUCUCAGCUGCAAGUCAGGCGCUGUCACAUGCUUCCCAAACAUCGCCGGAUCCCGUUUCCUUGAGGGGUGACAACAGAGGCGCAGCAGAGUCGCAGACGGCGCUCGUGUCCUGGGGAUCUGUUGACACUCUAGAAGAACGUACAAACAAAGGAGAUGAAUGCCUGAAGGAGUUGGCGCCAAUGACAGCAGAGUCUCAGAAUGCCGACGGCCAUGACAGGAUCUCACUGGGAGAAAGACCGACUCGAGGGUGGGAAGACACAGGUGGCAGGGUGGGUCACCAAAGGCCUGAGAUGGAAGUUGAAGCGUCGUUUCCACGUCUUGUUGAGGAAGCCAGAGAAGAUGAGAAGAAAAAUGAGGAAAUGGGCACACUGGAUGACCAUGUCAUCAUCUCAAAUGGCACAAGCUUACAGAUCAUUCAAGUCAGUCCAGAGGCGUGUGUCCUCCACGACCCUUUAAGACAUUUCCCGACAGAUGAGCACAACCUGAAUGAGAACAUGAAGUCUCAGGAGGGUGAAAAAAGCCUCAAGUUAACGGAGCUUUGCAACCAACCGGAUCCAUUAAAUGAGCAAGUGAGUGUUGGAAAACCCAACGUCUCCUUAGCGUUGGAGGACCCUCUGGGAAUAAACGAAAGAGAGGACAGACAAGAGCAUAAUUUGACGGAAAAUACCAACGCGCUUGAAGUGAUGGAGUCCAGAUUGGAUGGAGUCGGAGCCGCUGAUGGUACACUUGAACGGCCAACAGACCCCAUAUUAGGUGUUCUCCAUGAGACAGGAAGUACUGCCACAGAGGAAAGCGGGCAGCUGAUUGCUCAUGCGGAUCCUGUUUUGUCUGCUCCGGAUGUCGACCAUCCCUCCCAGAGGCCCGACGGUUUUGUGUGGUGGAGCAUGUUGUACAUCCUCAGUCACAUCACCCGAUUCGUCACCUGCAGCCUGCCAGUCGCCGGAUUCGUUGUCAUUGUUUCCUUGUAUGAUUUCCUUGCAUUCUCAGUGCUGUACGUGUUUUCAUGUCUUCAUGUUCUUACUUGUUUGCUCGCCUGGUGGUUUUCUAAGUGGAAGGGGCCUCAGGCGGUGACAAACGGGGUUGUCAGCUAGGGUGAAAUGGUUACUAAAUCAGGGUGUCUUCAUAGGGACUAGGUGCAACGACACAUUUUUAUAUCUGUAUUUUUCUCUUAGUAGUGCACUGUUUGUUUGGCUUUUCUUGAAUAAAAUAAAUUAUUGGUCACCAUCCUUUACUGGCUUCAAGACGUAUUUUUAGACUUCUUGUCUUCCUGCCUCUGAUUUGGACCACAUUUAAGUUUACUUAGCAACAACAAAGACGGGAACAUCUUGUACACCAUGUUGCUUUUUCCUCCCCCAGCCC